AUGAAGGCACAGGAAGGAGCAGGCUCUCUCCUGCUCUUCAUCACCCCCUUGUUGCUUCCACAGAGCUUCGCUUCUGAGCUCUCUGUGGUGACAUGUGGCUCGGCGGUGAAGCUGCUCAAUACCAAGCACAAUGUCCGUCUUCACUCACAUGAUGUCCGGUACGGCUCAGGCAGUGGUCAGCAGUCAGUGACUGGAGUUACUGCUGCAGAUGAUGGCAAUAGUUACUGGAGAAUCCGUGGAAAAACCUCCACAGUUUGUGAGAGAGGAAGACUAAUAAAAUGUGGACAGUCUAUCCGUCUUACACAUGUCAAUACUGGGCGCAACCUCCACAGUCAUCACUUCACCUCUCCAUUGUCAGGAAACCAGGAAGUCAGUGCAUUUGGAGAGGAUGGAGAAGGAGACAUCUUAGAUGACUGGACUAUACUAUGCAAUGGAGAAUACUGGCAGCGGGAUGAAGAGGUGCGGUUUAAAACACGUGUCAACCAACGUAUUGCUGUCUGUCACAGGGGAACAGUAUGGUCGUCCUAUAAAUGGUCAGAGAGAAGUGCAUGGCAUGAUGUAUGCAAGUCAGCACAACUACUGGAAAGUAAUGGAAGGCAUCUUCAUGAAACCGAGUGAGCCUCCAAGGACAGACUACAUACACUCUGAGUUAUGA